AUGUCGAGUCAGAGGGUGGAGAUGAUGGCCAGUUCUAACAAGCUGUUCACAAACUACAAGGCUCGUAAUGCUACGAUCAAGAAUAGAGGUCAUGACAUUAUGCUAGAAUGGGAAGGAGAUGCGGGGUCAAUUCGCAUAAAUGGCACCGAGUAUGCUUUGAAACAAGCUCAUUGGCACUCGCCUUCAGAGCAUUCCAUCAAUGGCAGAAGAUAUGCCAUGGAACUACAUCUUGUCCACCUCAGCGCUGAUGGCAAAAUAGCUGUCAUUGCUGUUCUUUACAAUAUUGGCAAACCUGACCAUUUUCUUUCAAAGUUGAUGGUAAAUAUAACAGCCAUGAUAGACCAAAAGGGUGAGCAUGGACACAGUGGAGUUAUAGACCCUAAAGAGAUUCAAAUGAGUAAUAGAAGAUACUACAGAUACAUCGGCUCACUUACUGUUCCUCCUUGCACUGAAGGAGUUGUUUGGACCAUAAGCAAAAAGAUAAGAACUGUUUCAAUAGAUCAAGUUAAAUUGCUUCGAGAGGCUGUGCACGACUAUGCAGAAAAUAAUGCAAGACCAAUACAGCCGGUGAAUCAACGAGACCUUAGAGUUUAUGGUCCAGCUUCGACACAAUAGAUAUAUUGGAUGUAUGGGUCGUUAUAGAUACUUAAAUAUUUUGUAGUACAUGAUACCCAUCUUGGUUCUCUAUUAAUGAUAUAUAUUGAUUCUUUUUUUUAUUAUUAAUUACUCUUUUUAUAUGACCAU